CGUGUAGCGGGAGACUCGGCGGAGAGAUCGGCAUCUUUGCUCGGUUGAUGUCGAUUAAAGCCGUCGGCGAUCAUUUAUGAGCUAAUGCUAAGAUUAGCUUCAGGAGAACCAAAGCAGACCAGCACAAACACGGCUGAAUAACCUUUUAAACUUCAUUUUGAGGAUAAAACGAGGUUAUCAGAGACCAAAUAAGUCUUUUAUUAAGAUAAAUCACUGCUUGUUUCUCUGGAGGUGUUUAAAUGAAGUAGUUUCUUUCGUCGUUUGUGGCCCGUUCAGAACAAUCAUCAUGUGUCCAUCAAGGAUCCCGCUCCAGCAUGUCCGAAACAGUGAAGUAUGUGGACGAUGAGCACAAGAGCAUCUUCCUGAAGCUUCUGAACGAGCAGCGUUUGGAGGGCGAGCACUGCGACAUCGCUGUGGUGGUGGAGGACGUCAAAUUCAGAGCGCAUCGCUGCGUGUUAGCGGCGUGCAGCAACUACUUCAAGAAACUCUUCAAGAAGCACGAAGUGGACAGUUCAUCCGUCAUCGAGAUCGACUUCAUCCGCUCGGACAUCUUCGAGGAGGUGCUGAACUACAUGUACACCGCCAAGAUCUCGGUGAAGAAGAAGGAUGUGAAUCUGAUGAUGUCCUCGGGACAGAUCCUCGGCAUACGCUUCCUAGACAAACUCUGCUCGCAGAAACGUGACAUGUCGCCCGAGGAGAAAAACGACCCCAGGAACGCCAAGUUCCCGUACGACAUGGUGAAGAUGGGGCUUCCGGCGGACGAUCCUCCGCUGGGUCAAGACAGCGACGUCCAGGAGCUCGGAGACCAAGACGACACGCCUUCAGACGACAUCGUAGAGGAGCCUCAGGGCAAUCACGAUCUGGAGAAAUCGCCAAAUAAUGCGUUACGAGUGCAGGAGGCCAUCCUGAAGGAGCUGGCGCAGGAGGAGGUGCACAAAGUGAGCUGCUACGAUCAAGAGGUGGAAGCCAUGGACGGAGAACCCAAAGAGCUGGCGGCUCACACCCAGACGCUCUCGUUCGCCGAAAGCAUUGGCGAUGUCAAAGACGAGCAGCCGCCGGGAUGGACCACGGCCGCCGCUGACAUGAAGUUCGAGUAUCUGCUCUACGGCCAUCGUGAUCAGCUGGCCUGCCAAGUGUGCGGAAAGAGCUUCCUCGACGAGAACCGCUUGAGGAAACACGAGAAGCUGCACUCGGCCGACCGGCCGUUCGUCUGCGAGAUCUGCACCAAAGCCUUCACCACUCAAGCGCAUUUAAAGGAGCACCUGAAGAUCCACACGGGCUUCAAGCCGUAUCGCUGCGACGCCUGCGGGAAGUCCUUCAUCCGUGCGCCGGAUCUGAAGAAGCACGAGCGAGUGCACAGCAACGAGCGGCCGUUCAGCUGCCAGAUGUGUGAGAAGGCCUUCAAACACAAGUCACACCUGAAGGACCACGAGCGACGCCACCGAGGAGAGAAGCCCUUCGUGUGCGGCUCCUGCACCAAGGCCUUCGCCAAAGCGUCCGACCUGAAGAGACACGAGAACAACAUGCACAGCGAGCGCAAGCAGCUGCAGAGCGAGACCGAGCAGCUCCAGGCCGCAGCGAUGGCCGCCGAGGCCGAGCAACAGCUGGAGUCCAUCGCCUGCUCAUAAACACUGAUCUGAAUCGGUUUAGAACAUGAUUUACACUGAUUCUUUUAUAUGGAAAUGGUGCAGAUUGUACAGUUCAUACCAAAUGUAUUUCUGGCAGCUGACGGACGAUGAGUUGUUCUGUCAUCAUAAACUGUGAAGUCGACGGAGGGAUGGAGCAAGCUUCGCUCAAUCAUUCCUUCUGUUUCUUGUGAAAGGGUGUGAUGGUUUGCACAUGCAGAUAUCUUUGCCGUAAUAAAAGACUGGUGAAUCAUCA